GGCCAUCAAAAAUUUACAUCUUAUAUUGUUGCGAUUGAUAAAUGACAUUCAUCGUGGAUGGAAUAAAUGCCCAAGUGGGGAUUGCAUCAUACGGUCCCGAAGUAGCUCAACAUAUAGUCACAGAGAGUCUUAUUCAGACUAUCGGGAAUCCUCAGCGUCCCACUUCAUUGUAUAAACCAUUGAUAGGUAGAAAGCGAUCUUCCUUCUAGUCAGGAGAUCAACAAGACGGAUUCAAUCCCAGUCAUUGCCUACCCACCUGCCGGUAAACAUGAAAGCUAUACUCCAGCGUGUGCUGUCUGCUUCUGUAACGGUAGACAAGCAGCUGAUAUCAUCAAUUGGGAAAGGCAUAUUAGUAUUUGCCGCUGUGGCUCCUGGUGACACGGAGAAAGAUGCGGAAUCGUUAGCAGCAAAAGUCUUGAAAAUGCGAUUAUGGGAUGAUGAAAAUGGCGGCCGGUGGAAACACAAUGUACAAGACAUCCAAGGAGAAGUUCUCUGUGUCUCACAGUUCACAUUGCUUGCCUCAACAAAGAAGGGUUCAAAGCCAGACUUUCAUGGAGCUUUGGGAGGGGACCUGGCCAGGGAAUUAUAUCAACUUUUUGUGACAAAGGUCCAGCAAGGCUAUGCGUCAGAAAGGGUCAAAGAUGGUGUGUUCCAGGCAAUGAUGGAAGUGGCUUUGGUGAAUGAUGGCCCGGUCACACUCGAAAUGUCAACCAGGUCAAAUGGAAAGGCAUGAAGGGUUUGGCGUAUCGCAGACCAUUCACAGUUCCUGGUGGGAUGAACCUGUAGAGGCCCUACGCGCAAGGCCAAAGAAAUGGCCAGCGGUUGCUUGCCAUCUUCACGUGCAUGUAGAUGUCUCGAGACAUUCAAUUUGUUCAUCUUGAGAUUAGAGCCUCUCGAGGUAAUGAUAGUAAACCAGAAAAGACUCUAUGGACAACA